AUGAUUUCAGUGUUAGCGUUCGCGUUGUUUUUGUCGUCAUUUUCGCAUCUGUAUGCCGAAGAAUUUGCUCAUUCACAGCAGCUCUAUAAAAAAUAUCUCGUGGAAUGGAAUUACGACGACGAAGCCAUCACAAUGAAAAUUACUGCCGAUACGAUCUCAUGGGUAGGAUUCGGAAUUUCACCAAAAGGUACUAUGGCUGGCGCAGACAUAAUAAUGGGUGGAGUGAAAAAUGGCGAAAGUUACUUACUGGAUGCACAUGCAGAAAAGAUAGGACCGCCAGUAGUUGACGACUUGCAAAACGUAAUGCUGAUGGAUGCAAGCCAAGUUGACGGGAAGACUUCCUUGACAAUAAGAAGAAAAUUGAAAACGGGAGACGAAACUGAUGAUAGAGAUAUAACGGCUGGAAACGUUACUGUGAUUUGGGCAUAUGGAUUCAGAGAUUUGGACGAGGUUCCAGAGUAUAUAGAUUACCAUUGGUGGAGAAAAGGAAGCAGCACAAUAAAUUUUCUGAAAGAUAGAAAAGCUGAACAAACUACAACAUCAGAAUUAACGACCACGCCUCUAGCAACGACCUCAUCAGCCGCACCGGCAACAGAAACGAGCGUUCAGCCUUCUACGACGACCACACCACCUACAACAGCAUCAACUGAACAAUCUACAACCACCGAAUCAACAACAACAUCUGCUACAAAGGCUCCGCCCACAAAACCAGUGACAACAGAAACGCCACCAGAAACAUUUCAAUCCACCACAACCCCAAAAGUGACGACUACUUCGGCGGCAGGAACUAGUCCCGCAAAAGAAAUUGGAGGAUCUAGAGCAUUCGGGAAAGACGGUCGUGUCAAGUUUACAUGGAGAAUAAAUGACAAUAAAAUUAUCAUCGGGGUGACUGCUCCCACUCCAGGAUGGAUUGGCAUUGGAUUUUCAUCAGGUCCAACAAUGGCUGGAGCUGAUCUUAUAAUAGCUGGAUCGAGGAGUAGAAAUCGUGGAUAUAUAUUGGAUUCUCACGCUUUACAGAACGGAGUUCCGAGUAGUGAUUCAUUACAGGAUGUUAAACUUCUGGUGUCGACACAAACAGGAUUCGCAACCACAGUCAUGUUUGAGCGAAAUCUAACCGCUUCUGAACCAAAUGAUUUUUCGAUCAUGCCUGGCGAGGAUAUCUAUGUCCUAUGGGCAUACGGAGCACGAGAUAUCAGAAGAGAUCCAAACAGAGGAAACUAUCACGGAAGAAAUAAUAGAGGUGCUGUAAAGAUUCAGCUUAUACCAUCUCCGACAAUUUAAUUGGAAUGAGAAGAUAAGGUUUCUGCAGCCGCAGACUCGGACCUAUGCUAUCGAAUAAUUGAAGAAAAAAUAGUUUGAAUGUUUAAAAGAAGUGUAGCUUUGUAAAAUGUGAAUCGGUGUUCAAUAUUGUUGAA